AUGGCUAACCCGAUGGUACCAAGCGACUCUACGCCGCCGCCCCAGAUAUCCAAGAAAGAUAUACCUGUCUCAGGGCUUAUUUGUUCAGUCUAUGGGCUUGAAGAAAUACCCUCGCUGGCAACGGAGGUGUCCUGCCUAUACCUAUUGCACCCGCGCUCGAAUACCCGCGAGUCAAUGGAAUGGGCAGCAAUCGGAGCAGUGGCUGAGUGGAACAGACGCCUAGCAAGCAAGCAGGUUUCUCCCAACGAGCAAAAUAAGGGCUUAGUAGCUGUAUCCUUUGAUCAGCGGAACCACGGUUCGAGAGAGGUGGACAGGCUGUGCAACGAGUCAUGGAGAGGCGGGAACCCCAACCAUGCUCAAGAUAUGUUUGCUAUCUUCAAUGGCACCACGAGGGACGUGUCUACCCUGAUUGACUACAUGGGAUGCUAUCUCUUCCCCAAGUCUGAGCGAAAGAUAACUAACAACCUCGUGCUGGGUGCUUCCCUUGGUGGACAUGCCGCAUGGGGUUGUAUUCUACACGAGCCUCGCAUCACCAGUGCUACCAUAAUCGUUGGAUGCCCAGAUUAUAUCAACCUGAUGACUGACCGGGCAGAACGUUCAAAAUUGGCUACUUGGGCAAGCAGCAGUCCUGCAGGUUUUCACUUUCUAGGCUCUGAGUCUUUCCCUCAACCAUUGGUAGAUACGUUGAAAAACUGGGAUCCCACGAGCUUCUUUCUCAGUCACAUAAGUGAAUACCCGCCCAAGGAGCCAAAACGCAACGGGCCUAUUCCCGAUCCCACGGAAGAGGAGAAGAAUAUCCUUCGGCCAGUGGUGAAGCGAUGUCUGGCAGGAAAAAAGAUAUUGGUUCUCUCUGGGGGUGCGGACAAGCUAGUUCCUUAUGCGCGUGGGGAACCGUUCUUGACUUGGUUGAAAAAGGCAAUUGGGCCGGAAGGAUGGUGCGCAGAGGGUAAGAUAUCCCUGGAGGAUAUCAUCUUUGAGGGAGUGGGACACCAAGUCACAUCUGCUAUGAGAGAUGAAGCCGUCAGGUUUAUCGGUGACUGUCUAGCUGCAGGGCAAGAUAGUUCGAAAUCUGCCGUGGUUAGAACCUCCAAGAUGUAG